CUAGGGUUUUAUGUAACUUGUCUUCUUUCUCCUCCAUUGUCACAAAGCCCUACCGCUGCUAAAUCACUUGCUUUGUAUAACGUGAAUUCAAGAUUUAUUUCAAAAUCAUAUAUUUGGGGAAUUUCUAAAAACCCUAAAAUUUAUAGUUCGCAAUUUGCAGGAUUCAGAUUAAACUUGGAGUGUCCAGCAUAUUAGUAGAUUAUGGGUCGUUUCAAGAAUAAAAACAGGAAGCCGUUUGUCAAGCAAAUUGCGAAGAAGACGCCAACGGUUGACCAUGUUACUGGGGACAAGAUUCCAAAGAGCUUGGUGUUUUCAAGGGGGAAGAUUCCUGGUCCUCUCAGACAGUUGCAAAUGGACUUGCGAAAAUUGAUGCUUCCUUAUACUGCUCUCAAGCUCAAGGAAUCUAAACGAAAUAAUCUCAAAGAUUUCGUGAGUCUUGCUAAUGGUAUGAUGGUCACACAUUUCCUCAUAUUGUCAAAAACUGACUCUGCAGCGUACUUGAGGGUUGCCAAAAUGAAGCACGGUCCAACUUUAACGUUUAAAAUACAUAAAUAUUCGUUGGCUGCUGACAUUGUUCAAUCUCAACUCCGUCCAAGAUGCCCUCCGGAUCUUUUCAAAAACCCACCGUUGAUUGUGCUAUCUGGUUUUGGGACAGGGGAAGAACACCUAAAGCUCACUACGUUUAUAUUCCAAAACAUUUUUCCUGCCAUUGACAUAAAUACAGUCAAGCUGUCUUCAUGCCAAAGGAUUGUAUUACUUAAUUACGACAAAGAAACAAAGCUUAUUGAUUUCCGGCACUACUCUAUCAGAUUACAGCCAGUGGGUGUUUCUCGCCGAAUCAGGAAAUUUGUGCAAAACCAUCAAGUGCCUGAUCUAAGAAGUCUUCAAGAUGUUAGUGACUUUGUAACCAAAGCUGGUUAUGGAUCUGAAAGUGAAGGGGAUGAUGAGGCAGCAACCGUAAAUCUGUCAUCUGAUAUUGGAAGAGUUAAUCGAGCUUCUACGAAAAGUGCUGUCAAACUUCAAGAGAUUGGACCUAGAAUGACUCUUCAACUUGUCAAGAUUGAAGAGGGCCUAUGUACUGGUGGACUCCUUUUCAAUGAAUACGGUAAUGUCGAUGCUAAAAAAUCGGAAAAUGAAGAAGAGGAUGAACAAGAAAGUGAUGAAGAGGAGAUGGAUAUAGAUGAUGAGGAAGAGCUAGAAAUUGAAGAUGAAGAGGAGCAAGAAAUUGAAGAAGAGGAUUAAUUGGCUCUUUAAUUUUGUUUAUUUUGUUCUUGUUUUAACUUGUAUUUGCCAAUAUAUAUGGUGAGAUGCUGGAAGAGGAAAUAAUUUCAUUUUUGAAUUUGCUCUCAUGAGCUACUAUACUAUAGUAAGUAACUAUACCUACUAACUCCGUUUCAAUU